GUCUCCCAUGUGACUGGUACACUUCCUCCAAACGACACUUUCUCUCUGUGUCUCUUCUAAUAAAGGUUUUGAUCAGUAUUUCUUUUGGAACACGACUACGAACCAGCAAUGCAUAAGCAGUCAGCACUAGUGAUUCCUGGAGCUGUUCAGAUGAGGAUCAAGAACUCUCAGAGCAGCACUGGAGAGAGACUCAGCCAGACAAAGUCUAUGGUCAUACAAGAGCCUGACUCACAACAGAAACUAAUCAACCGUCUAACCAGUUUCAGCAUAACGUUGAUGGUUCUAUUGGGCUGCACGUAUGAUGAGCCUGUAUUAACAGGAGAAUAUUUGAACAAAGCCAAAAUUGCUGAAGGAGGAAAGAAAUUAAGGAAAAACUGGACUUCCACCUGGGUUGUUCUUUGCUCUAAUCAACUAUUAUUCUAUAAGGAGAGCAAACAAGAAGCUGUGGCAAAUUUGAAACCAGGUUAUAAACUAGAUGGUGUGGAUCUGUGUGAGGCUGUAAUAGAGUGGACAACAGAGAAAUCCAGCCGAAAAAAUGUGAUCCAGAUAACCACUCCCACCGGUCAUGAAUUUUUGCUGCAGGCAGAUCACUUUCCAACCAUCUGUAAAUGGCAUGAUGCCAUCAAAAAAGCAGCAAACAGUCUGUCGAGUGGAGCUGGAGGCCAGAGCUAUGCUAGACCAAGCCUACAGAAGUCCAACAGUACAGAAUGUUUGUCAAGACCAACCAGUGAUCCCCCUAAACCCAAACCAAAAGAGCCCAAAUCUGAACACAGACGUUCCAUCAUGUUCAAGCUGAAUUACAGUGCCUCAGACAACUCAGACAAGAAUGGAGUCAAGAACAGACUGAAGAAAUUCAUUUCCAGACGGCCAUCUAUGAAAACUCUGCAGGAAAAAGGCAUUAUUAAAGACCGAGUGUUCGGAUGUCAUAUACUGACCCUGUGCGAGAGACAAGGGACAACAGUGCCCAGAUUUGUCAAAUUGUGUGUGGAGGAGGUGGAGAAACGAGGCCUGGUGGCUGAUGGGAUAUACAGGGUGAGUGGCAAUUUGGCCACAAUCCAAAAACUACGCUUACUAGUUGACCAAGAGGAGGAGCUUGACUUGGGCGACAGCCAAUGGGAGGACAUCCAUGUCAUCACCGGAGCGCUAAAGAUGUUUUUCCGUGAGCUGCCAGAACCCCUGUUUCCCUUUCGCUUUUUCGAACUGUUUGUGGAAGCCAUUAAAAUUAAGGAGCAAACACAGAAGGUUCAAGCAAUGAAGAAACUGAUCCAUCAACUCCCCAAACCCAACCACAACACUAUGAAACUGCUCUUCAACCACCUUAGGAGAGUCUUGACAAAGUCACGACAAAACUUAAUGUCAACCCAGGGCAUUAGCAUUGUGUUUGGACCAACUCUCAUGUGGCCGGAGUUUGAAGCAGGAAACAUGGAAGUCAAUAUGGUAUACCAGAACCAUAUAGUGGAGUUCAUUCUUAUUGAAUGUCUUGAGAUCUUUGGACUGGAGGGCAAGUAACAUGAGUUUUUAUAGAAGAGACUGUACAAAAAGCAAGAAACUUGUGAGAAUUGAGGACUUUUAGAAUGUUGUGGUACUUGUUGUUCAUACUGUAUGUGCUUUUGAAAAAGAAUGUAUAUAUUUUUUUAAAGACACAUUUAUAAGUAAUGUCAGGUAUAUUUAAUCUCUUUUUUGUAUCUUUACAUUGUAUUAUACUUCAUUAAAACAUCAUCAAAAAAGUUGAAAAGAUGUAUAUUUGUAAUGAUAUCAAGGGAUUUUGUAAAUGGGUUUGUACAAUUAAGUUUUCAAAAGGAAAUUUUGUAAGUUAAAAUGAAUUGGUAUUUUUUUUUGGCAAUUCUCGAUUACAUUUUAAAAUUUUACUGAGCUGCAAAGCUCUUUUUUAAUAACAGAGAUGUGAUGCUUAAGGUAUUUUUUUUAUCACACAUUGUGCAAUAGGUACUUGCUUCACUGUGAUGACAUUUGUUUGUUUUAUUAAUGGUAAAUAUGUACGCAUUUGCUUUUUUAUUUUUACAAAUAUUUUUUCAUUAAAAAAA